UGCGAGAAGCUCCUCUAUCUUUUAUGUUAUUGCGAAUAAGUCCCUAGCUUUCUGAUUAUUUCAACUUCAGCUACAGUCACCGAAGGGAUUAACCCGCUCUGCUGAAAGUCGCGUUACAACAACUGCCACAGUCGCCGAAGAUGACGGCCGCCAUGACAAUGCUGCCGGCUCUGUGCUGUUCUUCGUCCGUUGAUCGGAAAAUGUCCUCCCUUCUACCUGCCGUCCUGUUCGAGCCAUUAAGCUGCGGAAAACGUGGUUUUGAUGAUGUUAAUGAACACUACUUCAGCAGAAAGUCGCUGACGUGUUGGGACAAGUUUUACAAGCGCCAUCAGAACAAGUUUUUUAAGGAUAGGCAUUAUUUGGAGAAGGAUUGGGGCAAAUACUUUUCUGAUGGUGAUGAUGGUGCAAUUUCUGCAAAUGGGAAAGUGCUUUUAGAGAUUGGUUGUGGAGCUGGAAAUACUAUCUUUCCUCUUAUUGCUGCAUAUCCUAAGCUUUUCGUUCAUGCUUGUGAUUUUUCGACCGAGGCUCUAACUCUUGUUAAGGAACAUCCAAAUUUCAAUGGAGACCAGAUAAAUCUCUUUAUCUGUGAUGUUGCAAAUGAUGAGCUCUGUGAAAAAAUCUUGCCAUCUUCUGUUGAUAUUGUUACCUUGAUUUUCAUGUUAUCUGCAGUUUCUCCAAAGAAGAUGCCUUUUGUGCUACAAAACCUGAAGAAAGUACUGAAGCCAAAUGGUCACAUUCUAGUCAGAGAUUACGCUGUUGGAGAUUCUGCACAAGUGAAGCUGGAGAACAAAAAUCAGAUGAUCAGCAAUAAUUUCUAUUUUAGAGGGGAUGGCACUUGCUCAUUUUAUUUCUCUGAAGAUUUCUUAUCAGCUUUGUUUGUGAAAGCUGGCUUUGGAACUGUGGAUAUGAAUAUAUAUUGCAGACAAGUAGAGAAUCGAUUUCGGAAUAUGGCAUUUCAAAGAUGGGAUACUGCAUCUGGCUCUAUUGUCUAUGACCUCAUGUUUUCACCCAGCAGGCUGUAUUCUGAAUAUUCUUCUUGUUUAUUAUUCUACUCUUAUUUUCUUAUGAUGUCUUUCCUGGUGUUGUUGUGUGACCUGACUCAUAUGGUUAGGCGGUGGAUUCGUGCCAUUUUCACCAAGAUUGACUCCUAGAUUCCUAACAACAGUAUGGGAGAUUUUUACCAUCUUCUGAACUUAACUUCCAUUUGCAGUUCAUGCAAAAGAUUGGCAUAGAGUACUGGGUAGCAUAUCUUGCAGGAUCAUAAAGCUAUUAGCUUGUACAUUGCUGAAAGAAAAUGAACAUCCAUGUGAAAUGGGAGGCAGUUGCAGCAGAACUUGUGAAUGUUCCCAAUUGCUAUGAGCUGCUGGUUUCUGUUCUCUGAAGAAAUAGUCCAACAGUUUCUAUUGUUGUAAUUGUGCUGGUGCCACUUCUGGAUGCAGUUUUGCUUGGAUGUUCCAUUUAUUUUUCUGUAUUACCGUCCCUGGUUUCCUGGUUGAUCAUGUAAAUGCACUUUAUUAAUGUAUUUU